GCAAGAAAACAAAGAUGAUGUGGUCAAUUUAAUAAGAGAACACGUUCGCAUAAAAAAAAUGACUCACCUCCCACAACGUUUGCUUACAUCAUUAACUAUUAGAAAGCGAUGAAAUUCAUAUUUUCUGCUUGGUUGUUCGUUUUUAAAAAUCACUGCACGACCUUUUAAUUACCAUUUUAUUCAUACAAGGAUUGCCCCGAGCAUCCAUGGGUUGUGUCGGAUUACAGAACUGCCAUGUGGCUACCGCAGCACUUUCACAGAGCGAUCCGCACAGUGACGCAAUUUACUUACAUGACUGCCGCUGCUACGGCAGCAACUACAUUCAAGAGUAGGCACUGCUGGCUGCCGAAGCACGAUUUGCUUCUCAAAGAGUUAGUUAAGCGACACGGUGCCCGGUGGACGAUAAUUGCUGCGCAUAUGAAUCUGGAUCUCAACCCCAGCAACUACAAAAGAAGAUGGGAGGUGCUACAAACCAAUAAACAGGGGGCAUGGACCUUGGCCGACGACGACGCAUUGGCACAGGUCAUAGGUCAGUUGAGCAAAAGGGGAAUGACGCCAGGCUUCUAUUACGGCUUCUGGGAAGUAGUAGCCAAGGCUUUGAACACUGGCCGAUCCGCCCGCGACUGCUACUGGCGGUGGAACUAUCCUCUGGCGAAGACUUUAAAGAACAAAUGGUCUGUAGAAGAGCGGGAGAGACUAGUGGCUGCAGUCGAUUUGAUUACACAUGUGAGCGACCCACUUCGAGCAGUGGACCACGCGAACAAGAGUGAGUCAUGGCUGGUUGUAUCCGCAGCAUCGAAUAAAAAUUUACCCCGCGGGUUUUGGAUACAAGUGGCCAAUGUUGUUGGCACACGAACAGCGCAGCAAUGCCGCAUAGAAUGGAACGUGCAGAGUGUGGGCGCUGGACCACAAACAAUGUCCGUUGAUGAGCUCAAGCAAAUGGUACGAUUGGUGGGAGUACACGGCAAAAAGUGGGAGUUUCUUCGAAUGCACUACUUUGCUCACCUCUCGGCGUACAAGCUCAUGGCAGCGUAUCGGGGCUGGAAGUAUGCAUCGAGAAGGCUGAAAGUCGACCUGCACACCAUCGACCCCGACACUAUGCUGGUCGGGUACCAGGGCGGCCUUACUGCUCUGCGCCCAACUGGACCUGAUGGUCUGUAUGACCCCAAUGGUAAUAUCUGCGAGGUUACUGGCUUGUCCCCAGAGACGCCACUGACUCCGUUUUACUUGGCGCUGGCCCGUAUUCUCCCCGGUAAGCCCAAAUGGCCAUGGCGAGCGACUUUCAAAAGGCGGCCCAUGUUUAUUCCGCGCGCCUUCAGUCAAAACACAUCGCUACAGAGGCUGCACGCGACGGGUGUAAUUGAAAGAAUGGUAGCGUUAAUUUACAGGCAUAACGGCGAUCUCCGAGCUGUUAGCAAGCAAAUGGGAAUGCCGCUGCAUCGUUGCCAUCGACUCGCUGAAAAGCUCAAAAGGGUACUUCCCUCCCUUUUAGAGAGAAAGUAAAUACAUUGAGCGAGAUAUAAAACAAAAGAGCACACAAAAACUAAAUUUAACGAAUAAGACAUUGUCUACCAUACCACCUUGAAGAUGUGUCUUCUGUCCCUGAAACUGGUGGAAUUUUGCCCAUAAGAAUUAUGGUAAAAUGUAAUAAUCACACGUCACAUUUCGAGUUUGGGCGUGGACGAGCGCCAAAGUCUGGG